AUGCUAUCUCAAGCGGGACUUGCUAACACUGCGAGACUCAGUCCUGACACGGAUUUCUUCCACGUUGGUGGUAACCCACUGCUUCUUGUCAGGCUCCGAAGUGCAAUCGAGAUCUCGAUGGGCGUUACAUUACCUCUCAGCGACAUGUACCGUUCUAGCACACUCGCUGGAAUGACGGGUCUGAUUACACGGCAGAAGAGCUCCAGCUUUGUGCCUGGGGUGAUUGACUGGGAGGCCGAGACAGCUUUGCCUUCUUCCAUCGACUUGAGCCACUCUCACACUGCAACCCCUGUCAGGACAGAAUCGGGUAUUGAGAUUCUCAUGACUGGCUCAACAUCAUUCCUGGGGAAGCAGAUCCUCUACCGGCCGUCAGUCGCACGCAUCCACUGCAUCGCUGUUGACUCAGACUAUGAGGCCAGUCACCUCAAGGACGAUCGCGUGACGGUGUAUCCUGGCAGCUUGAGCGAACCCAUGUUGGGACUCAAAAGAGACACGCACCAGCGCCUUCAAGCCACUAUCGACACUCUCAUUCUCGCGGGAUCUCAAGGCCACUGUCUCAAUAACUAUUCAACUCUUAGCGCACCUAGUGUCGAGUCUACACGACAGAUGGGUCUCUUUGCUCUUGGCCGCCGAAUUCCUAUUCAUUACAUCUCAUCAAACCGCGUCACAUUGCUUGUUUCCAGCGGUGGUGCAGCCCUUCCACCAGGUAGCGUUAGAGACCACCAACCUCCCACAGAUGGAACGGAGGGGUUCACUGCAGCCAAAUGGGCAGGCGAAGUCUUCCUAGAGAAGCUAUCAGCAGCAGCAGCAGCGAGUACAGGAAGGGACCUGCCCGUUUCAAUUCAUCGACAUUGCGCUAUUGUAGGUGAAGAGGCUCCUAUCGAGGAUGCACUCAACGCCUUACUUCGAUACUCCAAGCUUAUUAAUGCUGUACCACGUGUAUCAAGCUUGAAUGUCGGCGCAUAA